GGGGGGGUCACACAGAGAAAGGAGGAAGGAGGAUGUUGCUUUUCGUGAUGCUAGUUUAGGCCAGGAUGCAUCAGCUCCGGUGACAUGGUGGGGGACUGUGUUUGAUAACGGUGCUCCAUAGCCGGGCUACAUCAUCUCUCAGCUUCGUGACAUACCGGAAAGGAUGCUCCAGUCUUGAUGUGACAGACACAAAAACAGGAGGAGGCUGGAGGAAGAGGAGGAGGAGGAGAGAAGAGGACUAUGAGAUUUGGGUACCCACGUCCUACAUCCCAAAAAUGAUGAAGACGGAGGGUAAGACCCCAAGUGGGGGAACCAGGAGUUCCUCACCACACAGAAAUGCUUAUGAGGUUGGGGUGCAAAAGCUGCGCACAGGCAAAGAUGGGGCGCUGGAGGGAGAAUCCGAAGAAGCGCGCAAAGCAAGGUGUAUAUAUGGUUCCAAUGUGCACCGCAUCAAGAACAUGUUCCUGCAGAUGGGGACAGGUCCGGCAGGUAAUGAGGUCGAAGCUGGAAAACCAAAAGAGAAGCCAUCUCGAUUGACAUUGCCGCGGGCCGGCAGUCUGAAUGAAAACGUCAACCAUAGCGCCCUGCUGAAGCUCGGAACCAGUGUUUCCGAAAGGGUAAGCCAUUUCGAUGCGUCGGCAGACAAACCGACUUCCAGGUUGCAAGAGGCUCGCCGGGUGUUUGAGAGGAACCUACAAGAGAAGGAGACCACCAACAGGAUCUUCUUGCGUAAAGAGAGAGGUGGCUUCCAAGACCGGAAACUAGACGUUGUGGUGAGGUUCGGUGGGAGUACGGAGUCUCUUGACAAGCUGGACACCGACGCUGUCUCGCCCACGGUCAGUCAACUGAGCGCAGUUUUCGAGAACGCUGACCUCCGCAAUAACAUUCACAAAGUUCCACUCAAAAGCCCAGCUGGCCGUAGGACGAGAGUUUUUCAGCCAGAAGCAACCAAGGCCACCGAAGAGAAGAAACCCACAGCUAAGAACGUAGAUGAUCCUCAUAGGCCAACCUCAGUCCAGGAGAUUUGUAAAAUCAAGCCAGUGGAAGUGGAAGAAAGUGGUGAGUCAGAAACAGAUGUGGUUAAGGAGGUAGAACUAGCAAAAGAUGAAGGACCUGUCAACCAGGCAACUGAGAAUGGUGGGACAGAAGCUAAGGGGGUAACAGCGCGGGAAACAGAGCUGGAGGAAGAAGUAGAAGCAGAAGCCGCAGAUGAAGACUACAAGAGGGAAGACUGGUCGGAGGUUGAAGUAAUAGAACUGAGUGCCUACAGUGGACUAGGGGAAGAUUCAGGUGGCAGUGGUUUGGAUGAAGACGAGGAUGGUUUUUAUGAACCAGUCACCAGUUGCCUGGAGAUUGAGGGCCUUUCUGAAGAGGAGGAACCUACUCCUGUACGGAAAAUACGGUUCAGCACAGCCCCCAUUAAGGUGUUCAGCACAUACUCCAAUGAGGAAUAUGACCGCCGCAAUGACGACGUGGACCCCAUGGCUGCCUCUGCAGAAUAUGAGCUUGAGAAACGGGUCGAGAGGCUGGACCUCUUUCCUGUAGAACUGGAAAAAGACUCUGAUGGUCUUGGAAUCAGUAUUAUUGGGAUGGGAGCUGGUGCUGACAUGGGCCUGGAGAAACUUGGAAUCUUUGUUAAGACUGUGACCGAAGGGGGAGCAGCCCACCGAGAUGGAAGGAUUCAGGUGAACGAUCUGCUUGUAGAAGUUGAUGGGACCAGUCUGGUUGGUGUCACACAAUCUUUCGCUGCUUCUGUUCUGAGGAAUACCAAGGGACGUGUAAGGUUCCUGAUUGGCCGAGAGAAGCCUGGAGAACAAAGUGAAGUGGCCCAGCUGAUCCAACAGACACUGGAGCAAGAAAGAUGGCAGCGGGAGAACAUGGAACAACGCUACAACCAGUGUAACGAGGAUGAUGAAGAAACAGGGGAGUAUGCCACCGAUGAAGAGGAUGAAGAGAUGAGCCCCAUGUUUCCAGGUGGAGAACUGGCUAUUGAAGUCUUUGAAUUACCAGAAGGAGAAGAUGCCUUGUCCCCUGUGGAAAUGGAUCCUGAGAAACUCGUGCACAAGUUUAAGGAGCUUCAGAUAAAGCAUGCUGUGACCGAGGCCGAGAUCCAACAACUGAAGAGGAAGCUGGCUGGACUGGAGCAAGAGCGAUCUCGCUGGAGAGUGGAGAAGGUGCAGCUGCAGCAGAGUGUUCAGGAGAACAGGGAGCGUGUAGAGAAGCUGCAGGGUUACUGGAUGGAAGCCCAAAGCCUUUGUCAGGCAGUGGAUGAGCAUUUGAAGGAGACCCAAGCCCAGCACCAGGGACUGGAGCGCAAGUACAGCAAGGCCAAGAGGCUCAUCAAAGAGUACCAGCAAAAGGAACUGGACUUUUUGAAGAAAGAAGAGCUGCAGAAGCAGGCACUGGAAGAGAUAGAGACUGCCCAUGCUUCAGAGAUUCAGAGACUUCAGGAAAAGGUCACUGAAUUAGAGAAGAAACUUGUGACCCUUCAGUGCCCUACUCCUCCUUAGAGCAUACAUUACAGAAAACAUGGAAUGUUGGGCCCUGUUGGCUUCUGGUUGCCCACCAGUGCAGGAUCUGUGUCACCAGUGAUGUCUGCCCCCCCUAUCUUACGUAAUACUCCAAUGAUUCAACAGGGGUGAAGUCUUACUCACAUCUGGAUAUGUGAUUGUGGUUCUCUGUCAACAUCUAACCGGACAACGGUGGGAUUCCAGCUGGCUGUGUCGUGACUGCAGCUCUGUAGCCUGUGUCUAUGUAUUUGUUUGGGCCUUAGGCCCAUGUAUUCCUGACGGACCCUGGAAUAUGCCACAUGGCAAGAUAUUGUAUUCAGUGACCCUACUGGCUGUAUCUCAUAAGGACCUUGACUGGGAUCCUUUGCCCCACUGGUGGCCUAGACAAUGACUGUGGCCUCUUCUCCUGGAUUUUGCGUGUAUCUGUGCUGUAUUUGUGCUGGUGGUCUCUGUCUAAUACCUGCCCUUGGCAUCUCAACGAAAGUAUGUACCAUUCAUCCUUCCUCUGUUCCAAGCUUUCUUUUAACAGUUGUUACUCCCUGCCCUUUCUCCUUGCAAAUGGCAGGAGCAAGGUUGUGAUGGAGCUGCCAUCUUGUUGGUAAACUAGACACAUCACUGGGCCUCAUUUAUCA